CAUACACCCUAUUCAAGUAUCCAAAAAUUAAUAGCAAAAUAACAAUAGUAUAUUAUAAAAAUACAUCAAAUUAUCAUUGUAAAAAUAUAUUUGUGCGUAAGCUACACUGUUGAAAAUGGCCCAUUUCCACGUCAUACAUUUCUAAUAUAUAAUAACAUAAACACUCACAAACACCAACUUCAUCCCAAAAAUAUAUCAACUUAAAAAUGGCUCAGAAAACCGAAGAAGAAGCAACAAUAGAUGGAGACAUCUUAGAAACCGUCCUAUCGCGAGUACCACUCACCGAUCUAGUUGCCGCGUCUAGAGUUUCCAGGGAUUGGAACACAGCCGUCUACUCCUCUCUCCGCCACGUCAACAGAAUCAAACCAUGGCUCCUUGUUCACGUUCAGACCAGACGACACCCCUACGCGACUACCUCAUACGCGUACGACCCACGCUCCGCCGUCUGGAUCCAUCUCCACCAACUACCAAACCUCAAAUACAUCUCCGCCCUCCGCUCCUCCCACUCAAAUUUCCUCUACAUGCUUUCUCCUUCCCACUUCGCCUUCACCUCCGACCCACUCCGCCUCACCUGGACCAAAGCCAACGCGCCGCCGCGCGUCUGGCGAACCGAGCCGAUCGUCGCUUUAGUCAACGACCGCGUUGUCGUAGCCGGUGGCGCGUGUGAUUUCGAGGACGAUCCCCUCGCUGUCGAGAUUUACGACCUGAGAACUCGCACGUGGGACACGUGCGAGUCCAUGCCUUCAACUCUUAAUAACUCCGCCGCCUCGACCUGGAUAUCGAUCGCCGUUCGCGGCGGCGAUUUGUACGUGUGUGAGAAAUCCUCCGGACUGACAUACUCGUUUGAUCCUGUAACCAAGUCGUGGCGUGGGCCGUACGAUCUUCGUCCCGAUCAGAAAGUUUUCAGCUCCGCCAUCGGAUUGGCCGACGGGAAUUUGAUCGUGGUCGGGUUAUUGGGUAGCUCCGAGAGUGUUGAAGGCGUGAAAUUAUGGAAAGUGAGGAGUGACGAAUCUAUGGAGUGCGAAGAAAUGGGAGAGAUGCCGAUGGAGAUGGUGGAGAAGUUCGUCGGAGAAAGCUACUGCGUUUCGUCAGUUACGGUGGCGGCGAUGGGCAAAAUCGUCUUUUUACAUAACCCGACUGACCCGGGGGUAGUGAUCCAGUGCGAGAUAUUGGAUGGGGAGUGUAGGUGGGGAUGCGUACGGAACACGGUGUUGAACGACGGAAGUCGGAUGCAAUUGGUUGUGAUUGGUUGUUGUGAUGUGGACAUUAGUGAUUUGAUGAGAAUGGCUAUAAAAAGUGACGUGGAAUUGGGCCCAUCUGAAACUGCUUACGUGGCUUCGCAUGUUGUGGAUUAAUAUAUUUUUCUCAGAACACUGCGCGAUCUACUAGAAUUUAUUGGUCUGGCAUUUAUGGAGUUAACACAAUUUCAAUUAUGUUUUUUUUUUUUAUAAAUUAUUAUUUUUUUUUCUAUUAUUUCUCUUUAUAUUUUCAUAUUAAAAACAUGUGGAAUUUAAUAAAAUUAUGAUAAGUGAUUAAAUUUGUGUUUAAAAUAUAUUUUUGUGUUAUUUUUUUAAAUAUAAAAUAAUAUUUUGGUGUGAGUGGUGACCAACAUUACAUAAAUAUUUUAUACCCCACGUGAAGAUAUUAUAUGUAUUUAUUGUUGUAAUUUAAUAAUGAGUCUAAUAUAUUUUAGUUUCUAUUGA